CCAAGUUUGCGCCCGGGGAGUUUGCGCCGCUCGCGUCCCGGGGCCUCGCUGCUGGGUCCGCGGAGCGAGGCGACCGCGCGCCCCUUCGCUGAGCCACCCGCGAGCACUCGGGGGCCGCGAGGACGCUGAAAGCGGGGUGCGGUCGGGGCUGCCGCCUCCUGAAGAUGCAGGAUGGCAGCGGAGCCGUCGUCCAGCCUCUCCUACCGCACCACGGGCUCCACCUGUCUGCACCCGCUCAGCGAGCUCCUGGGCAUCCCGCUGGAUCAGGUGAAUUUUGUCGCCUGCCAGCUGUUUGCUUUGUUUGCUGCAUUCUGGUUUCGCCUUUACUUACACCCUGCUAAAACCAGUCCUGAUGUUCGCCACGCUUUUGCUACCAUUUUUGGCAUCUACUUUGUCGUCUUUUGUUUUGGCUGGUACUCCCUACAUCUCUUUGUGCUGGUGUUAAUGUGCUAUGGAGUCCUGGUCACUGCGAGUGUAUCCACUAUUCACAGAUACUCCUUCUUUGUAGCAAUAGGAUACCUUACAAUAUGCCACAUCAGUCGGAUAUACAUCUUCCACUAUGGAAUUCUCACGACAGAUUUUUCUGGGCCUCUGAUGAUUGUCACUCAGAAGAUCACAACCUUGGCUUUCCAAGUUCACGAUGGAUUAGGUCGAAGAGCUGAAGACCUCUCCGCUGAGCAGCAUCGACUUGCUAUAAAAGCGAAACCUUCUUUUUUGGAAUACUUAAGCUACCUUCUCAACUUCAUGAGUGUCAUUGCUGGCCCUUGUAACAAUUUCAAUGACUACAUUGCCUUCAUUGAGGGGAGACACACGCACGAGAAGUUGCUGGAAGUGAACUCAAAGCAUAAAGGUGUCCACAGCCUGCCAGAGCCUUCUCCCACGGGAGCUGUGGUAUCCAAGCUGUGCAUGACCUUGCUGUCCCUUCUUCUGUUCCUGACGCUCACGAAGACCUUCCCUGUCACCUGUCUGGUGGAUGAUUAUUUUGUCCAUGAAGCAAACUUCCUGACUCGCCUCUGCUACUUGUACGUGGUCAUGCAAGCCUCAAAGCCCAAGUAUUACUUUGCCUGGACAUUAGCUGAUGCAGUGAAUAAUGCAGCUGGCUUUGGGUUCAGCGGUGUGGAUAAGGAUGGAAAUUUCUGUUGGGAUCUGCUUUCUAACCUAAACAUCUGGAAAAUUGAGACUGCCACAAGUUUCAAAAUGUACUUAGAAAACUGGAAUAUUCAGACAGCUACUUGGCUAAAGAGAGUGUGCUACGAGCGGGUUCCCUGGUACCCCACGGUGCUGACCUUCAUCCUGUCUGCCUUGUGGCAUGGUGUCUACCCUGGAUACUACUUUACCUUCUUAACUGGAAUCCUCGUCACACUAGCGGCCAGAACGGUGAGGAACAACUACAGACAUUACUUCCUGUCUUCCAAAGCCCUCAAGGUGUUGUAUGACGUGACUACCUGGGCCACCACGCAGCUGGCUGUCUCUUACACAGUCGCGCCCUUUGUCAUGUUGGCUGUUGAACCAACCAUCAGUCUAUACAAGUCCAUGUACUUUUAUUUACACAUCCUAAGUCUCCUGAUAAUAAUAUUUCUGCCAAUCAAGCCGCAAGCUCAAGCUGAAACUCAAAGGCCUCUGAACUCUGUUAAGAAAAAAGCAGAUUGAUUGACGCCUCCUGGAGAGGCUGAGUGCAUAAAACUGCAAGACAGUGAAGACAUGAAAGGCUCGACGGUCUCUAGUGAUUUAGAGGCAAUGUUUACAUGCAAUCUUUUCUUCUACUUCAAGUCAGGGAGAAUUUUUAUAAAGCCUUUCUGUCCUAUAAUGGCCACGUCCAGUUGCUUGAAUAUUUUCUAGGACACUGAGUACAGAGGAGUCUGGAAAACCUCUGGAGCAGGGGGACGGUCCACGCUGGGAUGCUUAUGCUUCCGCUUCACAUGUGAUUUCCAGCAGCUAGAAGGUGAAGCCAACACAGCCUGUCUUCUAGAACAUUCCCCACUCUGGCUCUCCCUUAGGCAGCCAGAGACCCUGGAUCUGUCACACGAGUUUCUUCAACAGAAUAACUGGACUCAGAAGAGUGGAUCCUCGAGGAGGACUGUCGGGGUGUUGCCAGUAGCAUCAGGCCUGAGCGCCUGAAUUUACUGAAAGUCAGGCUUGCCCUCAACAAGGCUACAGCCCCCACUUGCGGCCCGUUUUCCCAGUGAACUGAGCCAGAUCGGAGAUCAGAGAUCAGAAAGCCUCCUCUACAGGGGGACAGGCGUCUGGGGGAGGGGGCACUGGUCCUCCAAAUCCCCUGUCCACAUGCCACCAAAGGUGAUGACUGUCUCUCCAAGAAAUGCUUUCUUUAAAAAGGAAGAUAAAUCUGUCCUGAAUUGUGUGGUAAGUGGGAGCAAGUAUUUGCUUCUCUUCUCCCCUUACUUCCUGGUGGUGAAGGUCACAGCCAUGACGCAUGAUACGGUGUUCAUAGCUGAUUCACUCCAACUUCUAGUGACCUUAUAGGAAGGCACUGUUCUUUGUUACGGAUGGGAUGUGGCCCCUCUGGGGACUUCUGCUGGCAUCUGUGAGGAAGGAAAUGCAUUAUUGUAUGUCCUAGGAAGUAAUCACAGUGACAAUAAAAUGCACGUCGUGACGGUGUGCUCUCG